GAUACGUGUCGAACAUGAUGAAGGCUCCUUCGGAUAGCGCCAACGUGAGUGCCAACGUAGACCAGGACGCCGAGAUGGGAAGCCCUGGUCGCAUGGCAGCGCAGAUUGAGAGAUUGACCGACGCCCUUGUGCGAGCAUCGCAGAAGUCGAACGUGAAAGAGAAGUUGCUCGUGGAAACAUCCGCAAAGCUGAGGGCUGUGCAAGAAACGGCAGAGCGAACCAAGAAAGAGCUAGAAAUCAAAGAAGAGGCUCUUAAGGAGUCUGAAAAGAUUCUUUCAAAGCGAACAGAGCAAUGUAGACAACUCUAUGAUAUUGUUGGCGCGCUGGAACAGAGGCUAGCUCAGCAGCCGGACGCAAGCUUGUCGACGCCUCACCAGGGGUCUGAUCGCUCCAGGUACACCAAUGCUGCUGUUCAGACAGAAGAGUGGAGCAGCUCUGAGCGAGCUGCCGCUGUUGGAGAAGAGCUGAUGGCUGAGAGAAGAUCUCGAGCUAGCGAGCGAGCUGCGCUUGAAGCUAAGAUUCAACGACUUGAGCUGUCCAUCGCCGCCUCGGAGAACUCCUCCAACCAUGUCCACCUGGCUCUUUUCUCAGAGGUGCGAAGUCGUCUAAUGGGAGAGCUUUCCUAUUCCAUCCCCGACAGCAACGUCAUCUCCUCCAUUGUCAAGGAUAUCGACCGUCACCUUGGGGAGUUCGGAGGCGAUGAGUGAUGGGAGAACUAGAGGGAGUCAUUGGAGUUUUGCUAGUUGAUGUUUCAGGACGAAUUAAUUUGAACCAAAUGUAAGCCAAACUUUCUGCUCCC